GUCAUCUGGUGAGGAGUGCCAAAGCUUUUAGGCGGAGGAGUGGCAGACAGCGCCACCCAGGCGUGCAGAGUGGGACUGCAAUCCCGUCUCAACCCGACGACCGACAAGCUUCCCGAAGCGCUGCAGCCGCUGCCAGAUGGACCGCGCACUCUGAGAGCAGAGCGAGUCAGGACCCGAAGCAACCGAGGAGAGGAGCCGGGGGGCCAACGCUCGCCGGAGCAGGAAAGGGAGGGCGCUGUUCGGUAGGGAGAGGAGAGGACGAAGCUCCACGAUGUCGUCAAACAGGACCCAGAACCCCCACGGACUGAAACAGAUAGGCCUGGACCAGAUAUGGGACGACCUGCGGGCUGGCAUCCAGCAGGUGUACACGCGGCAGAGCAUGGCCAAGUCACGCUACAUGGAACUCUACACACAUGUAUAUAACUAUUGUACCAGCGUCCACCAGUCCAGCCAGGGCAGGGGCUCGGUGCCUCCAGCCAAGCCCUCCAAAAAGUCCACCACUCCAGGUGGGGCUCAGUUUGUAGGCCUGGAGCUCUACAAGCGACUCAAGGAGUUCCUGAAGAACUAUUUGACCAGCCUGCUGAAGGAUGGCGAGGACCUAAUGGAUGAGUGUGUGUUGAAGUUUUACACCCAGCAGUGGGAGGAUUACCGUUUCUCUAGUAAGGUCCUCAACGGGAUCUGUGCCUACCUCAACCGCCACUGGGUCAGACGGGAGUGUGAUGAGGGACGCAAGGGAAUCUAUGAGAUAUACUCGCUGGCACUUGUGACCUGGAGGGAGUGUUUAUUCCGACCCCUCAACAAACAGGUAACAAACGCUGUGCUGAAGCUGAUAGAGAGAGAGAGGAAUGGCGAGACCAUUAACACCAGACUGAUCAGCGGUGUGGUCCAGUCUUAUGUUGAGCUGGGUCUGAACGAGGAGGACGCCUUCGCCAAAGGCCCCACGCUGUCCGUGUACAAGGAGUACUUUGAAUGUCAGUUCCUCACUGACACAGAACGUUUCUACACGCGUGAGAGCACAGAGUUCCUGCAGCAGAACCCCGUCACCGAGUACAUGAAGAAGGCGGAGGCCCGUCUGCUGGAGGAGCAGCGGCGUGUGCAGGUUUACCUCCAUGAAUCCACCCAGGACGAGCUGGCCAGGAAGUGUGAGCAGGUCCUCAUAGAGAAACACCUGGAGAUCUUCCACACCGAGUUUCAGAACCUUCUGGACGCCGACAAGAAUGAAGACCUGGGACGGAUGUACAACCUGGUGUCUCGGAUCACAGACGGUUUGGGUGAACUGAAGAAACUUCUAGAGACUCACAUCCACAACCAGGGUCUGGCCGCCAUCGAGAAGUGUGGAGAGGCUGCGCUCAACGACCCAAAAGUUUACGUCCAGACCACCCUGGACGUCCAUAAGAAGUACAACGCCUUGGUCAUGUCUGCCUUCAACAACGACGCCGGCUUCGUGGCAGCACUCGACAAGGCGUGUGGUCGGUUCAUCAACAACAACGCCGUCACCAGGAUGGCUCAGUCGUCCAGCAAAUCUCCAGAGCUGCUGGCCAGAUACUGCGACUCUUUACUGAAGAAGAGCUCUAAAAACCCAGAGGAGGCAGAACUGGAGGACACACUCAACCAAGUGAUGGUUGUGUUCAAGUACAUCGAGGACAAAGACGUUUUCCAGAAGUUUUAUGCUAAGAUGUUGGCCAAACGUCUGGUCCACCAGAACAGCGCCAGUGACGACGCAGAGGCCAGCAUGAUCUCCAAACUGAAGCAAGCGUGCGGGUUCGAGUACACGUCCAAACUGCAGCGAAUGUUCCAGGACAUCGGAGUCAGUAAAGACCUGAACGAACAGUUCAAGAAGCACCUGACCAACUCUGAGCCUCUGGACUUGGACUUCAGUAUCCAGGUUCUUAGCUCUGGGUCUUGGCCUUUCCAGCAGUCCUGCACCUUCGCUCUGCCUUCUGAGCUGGAGCGAAGCUAUCAGCGCUUCACAGCGUUUUACGCCAGCAGGCACAGCGGCAGGAAGCUCACCUGGCUCUAUCACCUGUCCAAAGGAGAGCUGGUCACCAACUGCUUCAAGAACAGGUACAC